AAACAAACCGGUGAUUUUUUCAUCGAAAUUUGUUAAAAAAUUUAAUUUUUUCAUAUUUUUCUAUAAAAAUUUACACAAAAAAUUAGAAUUUAAGUAAAAAGUCUCACAUUAAUUAAUUAAAAUUGAAGAAAAUUAUCGAGACAAGUUCAAAUUUUGAAAUUUCAAGUACAAAUCGGUAACCUUGAAAGGUUGCGAGUUAUGUAUAAAUAUAAAUAAACAAAUAUUCGACCAUUAAAUAGUACAAAAAGUUCAAAAAUUAUCAUUUACAACGCAAAUUUCUAUUAAAAAUGAGUGCUUGGAAAAAGUUCACAACGUACGUCAAAGUCACCGGCGGAGCUGUUUUAAUCUUCUCCGGCAUCAACAUUUAUCGCGGAAAUGAAAAAUUUUACAAUGAUUUUGUCAUGCCGCUCAAUAGUCGACUGCCUCCCGAGUUUUCGCACAAACUUGCCAUCGUCGCUUGCAAAUAUAACGUCUUUCCAAAGCCAAAAUUUGAGGAUAGCGAACGAUUAAAGGUGAAAUUAUUAAAUUUUAACUUGAAAAAUCCGAUUGGAAUUGCUGCGGGAUUCGAUAAACAAGCGGAAGUUCCGGAUAAAUUGCUGGAUUUGGGAUUUGGAUUCGUGGAAAUUGGUUCUGUGACGCCCUUACCGCAACCGGGCAACGAUAAACCACGAGUGUUUCGCUUGAACGAAGAUAAGGCAAUCAUAAAUCGUUACGGGUUCAAUAGUGACGGGCAUGACGUCGUUUUCGAGCGAAUGAAGGACAUUCGUGCGAAAAAUGACCUUCAAGGACUAAUUGGCGUCAAUUUAGGCAAGAAUAAAACGAGCGAAGAUCCCGUUGAGGACUAUGUGAAAGGCGUUAAGAAGUUUGCUGGGGUCGCCGAUUAUCUCGUAGUGAAUGUCAGUAGUCCAAAUACGCCGGGAUUGCGUGAUAUGCAACACAAAGACAUCUUAUAUAAUCUCCUGAAAGCCACAAUUGCUGCUCGAAACGAACUUAAACUACCGAAUUCGCCUCCGAUCUUUCUGAAAUUGGCUCCAGAUCUCACAAAACAGGAACUUAAAGAAGUCACAGACACAAUUAAACGCAAAGAAUGCAAAAUAGACGGAUUAAUAAUCUCAAAUACGACAAUUUCGCGCGAUCCAGAACUCAAAAGUGAUGAAACCAAAGAAACGGGAGGCUUGAGCGGUGCUCCUUUAAUGAAAAAGUCCACAAAAAUGAUUGCUGAAGUGUAUAAAAUGACGGGAGGUAAAGUUCCAAUUAUCGGAGUUGGCGGAGUGUUCGAUGGAAAAGAUGCUUAUGAGAAAAUUGCAGCAGGAGCAACCACUGUGCAACUUUAUACGGCAUUUGCGUACCAUGGACCAUUUGUAAUUCCGAAAAUUAAGAAGGAGUUGCAAGAAAUUUUGGAACAAAAAGGGUACAAAACAGUUAAUGAUGCUGUUGGAAAGGAAGCUGACAGGUUUUUGUCCUGAAAAAAAUAUUUUUUUGAAUGUUUUUCAUUAGUUUAAGCUAAAAGUUUGUUAAAAAUUUCAUUAAUUUCGAAUUUUCGAAAAUUUGUAUUUAAUUUCGAAUAUUCGAAAAUUUAUUUUUGUGACUUAAAUUUUUUGAUGAUUUGCCUUUGAAUCAUUUUUUGAACAUUUUUCAUAAAUUUAAGAAGAAUUUAAGUUGAAAUGUUGUUAAAAAUUUAAUUUAUUAAAAUUUUUCGAAAGUUUUCUUUCAAUAUAGAAUUUUCGAAAAAAAUUUAAAUCUUCGAAAACUUGUCUUCGAAUCAAUUUUUCAUAAAAAAAGAUUUUUUCAAAUAUUUUUUUUUAUUUUAAGUUGAGUUUAAUUAAAAGAAAUAUCAAAACUUUGAAUAAUUUCGAAUUUUCGAAAAUUUGUUUUCGAUUUCGAAGAUUUUCAAUUUCGAAAAUUUGUCGAAAUUUGUACUAAAAUAUUUUUGUUUUGAACAUUAUUCAUUAGUUUUCUAUCAAAAAAAAUUAAUUUUUAUAUUUAAAUUCACAAAUUAUUAAAAUUUUCGAAAAUUUUCUUUAAUC